UAGAAGAAGAAGAAGAAGUGUCUUCACAGGUCGACGCUGGGUUAACGUCGCUGGUGUUGUCUGCAGUCGCGCCACGGACCUUUUCAUAUUCAGGCUGAGUAUUCUGCCAACAGUCAGUAACCAGCACUGUGUCAUCGGAUGACUCUGUUCCAGUAGUUUAUUGUGCAUUUAUUUUUCAAACAGGACGGUGAGGAAUCACAAGAUAUCCCCCGGACAGCUUCCUUGUGGUCCCACUGUCAAAUCACAAUGAUCACCAGAAGAAGAGGACUUGCUCUGAACAACACAGAGGCACAGUCUUUUGAGGUUGAAAUGAAAACUGUGGAAGAUCUCCCAAGUCCAUCUAAGGGGUUCCCAGCUUACGAUAUCGACACCGCUGGAAUAGAGCUAGACGACCUAUUUGAAAUUGAAGAUUUAAAGUGGACACUUGAAAGAGAUACUGGCUCCCCACUCUUCGAUAUUGAGUUGGCUGAUUUCGGUGUGCACAGUGUCAAAGACCAAGAUUCCGAGGUUGAAGCUUCAGUGGCCUCCUCUCCAGAGAGAACAUCAUCUGACUUGAAGAUUAAGAACAGGCAAAACCAGUCAAGCCGCUUGAUCAACAAAAAUGCCAUCGCUGCCAGGUUGAAUCGUCUCAAGAAGAAAGAAUAUGUCAACAGCUUGGAGAGGAAAGUUGGCGUCCUGUCAACAGAAAAUGAUGGACUCAGACAGGAAAAUUCUCAGCUGAUCAAGAGAGUGGAAGAAUUGGAAGAUGAGACCAGGUACUUGAGGGCUGUGCUGGCCAAUGAGAGCAUGUUAGCCCAGCUCUUGUCCAGGCUGAGCGGUGUGAAUGGGAUGAAAUUAUCUUCCUCGCUUUUCCAGGGGCCCGACCCAAAUGACCACGACUAUGCCUUACCCAGGAAGCGUGUGAAAGUGGAGGAGAAAGAGACAUCUGGUGGCGUGUGUCUGCACGUGGACAAGAACCAUGUCUCAGUGGAGUUCUGCACUAAGUGUGCAGAGAGUGCAAGCACAUCACUCAAAAUGUAGGGUCAAGUACUUAUCUCUGUUUUCAGAUAUUGAGACUGAACUUGAUAUGGCUCUGUACUGAACUUCUUGAGGGUGGAUGAACACUGUUGAAGUAGUUAAGAUUACCUAAGAACUGCUGAAUGUGCAUGUGUUUUUGUGUAAUGAUGGAUUAAGUACACGUUACUGCUAAACCUUGUUGACAGUUUCUUCUAGGUUAUGGUUGAUCCACCAUCCGGGAUGAGUGGCUUUCUGAACACCUUUACCUGCUUGACUCCAUGUGGAUUCUGCUGGUGGAAGGUGAAGAGGCUGGACAAGCUGCUGCCAACGUGGCCUGGUAUUUUUUUAAAGGUAGUAUCGGUAACCAACGGUAUACGUUGUUAUAUUUUACCAAUACUUCACACCUGUAGCUCUUGUCAUCGUAGCUCAUGCAGCAGUUUUGGGGGGCUUGACUACAGCUGCUCCAUUACCCGGAGCGACGCUAUCAGAGGCUUAACAGUCUCAUAAUUAUGUCUUGUAUUUAGUGACAUAAUGGAAUGUAUUGAUUACUAAAUACAUCCAGAAUUAUCUGAUUAAGUGAUGAAGUUGCCAUUAUGUUUAACUAUAUGUAAAUGUGUAUAUAAGUUUGAAUACAUAAUGUUUGGGGCAAAUGACCUUGAUGUUGGACAAAUAAAUCAUAUUUUCAUUAUGUUUGAGUUACAGAUAUCUACUCUGUGUCUUGUUCUGUACUGUUGAUAUUAAUGCAUCUCUUUUUCUCUUUCUGAACAGCAAGCUCUCUGCCGAUAAUGGUCUUACUUUCCCUGAACAUUUGGGUCAAGUCUGGUAAAGGUUGUCUAAACAAAUGAACAAGACCUCAUUUGAUGGAAUACAGAGCGUGCAGCAUGAGGGGGCCCACAGGGAUCAGUCAUCCUGCCCUCUGUUUUAGCUCAUUCACUUAAAACUCUAGAUGCUUACAGUCCUUUUUCAAAGCUUAGGUUUUCAUUUUAUGAUUACAGUUAUUAUCAGGUGGGAGUCCAUAGUAGGAUAGGCCUGCAUUUUUUGAAAUAGGCUUAUGUGCUUUAUUGCUUAUCGUUGGGUUUAAUCAACACGACUCUCAUCUCUGUGUGUUAAACAUGAAGCUACAGCUGGUCAGUAGGGGUGGGAAUCGCCAGAGGCUCCACAAUACGAUACCAAGAUACUAAUGUCACAAUACAAUAUUAUCGCGAUUUCAAGUGUUAAGCAAUAUGCUGAGUAUUGCAAUAACAUAUUGUGAUUUAUUACUUUUUUAUUACUUUACUGUAAAUAUCUCCUAAAGGAAACUCUUAGCUAGCUCUUGUGUAUGGAUACAAUAUUGCCAUACAAAAUACCAUGAUUUUAUCCAAAGUGAAGGUUUUGGGGUUUUUUCUCUUUUUUUUUUUUUGUUAGGGUGAUGACUGAGUAAAAUGACAAACGUUUGAAGCUCCGUUCGAAAACCUCAAUAGAAGUUGGAAUGUUGAAAUAAAAACACAUUUGGUACAGCCCUACAAGUUAGUGGAGUUAAGCAUGGCGACUGGAAAAGAGAAUCAGUCUACCAACACCCUGUAGAGUUCACUAACACAUAUAUUGUAUUUGUUUAAUCCAUUCAGACACACAGGUGUAAACAACAGUUUGUAGGGUGCAGUGACUUAUUCUUGUCACCAUGAUGUGUCAGGCAACCACAAUGUCAGAAGUUACUACCCUCAGACAAAAUAUAAUAAUAGUCCCUCAACUUUUAAGCCCAGUUGAGACCAAAGAUUUGUGAUGAGACAAAACAGCUUUACAAAGUUGCGGAGAAAAGCUGAAGCAACAUGAACUGGCUGAUAUUUGCUCGACUCUAGCUGGCUGAUGGUGCCACCAGCAACUCAGUUGGUCAAAUCACCUUCAGCUGGUUUUAGAACAUAGUGCACAUCACCUGUUUGAACAGCCUAUCAGCUUCUAUAAAAGUCUGCUGGUCAAGUCAAAAUGACCACACGCUGCAGCAGGUGCCCUGUCCCAGCCGAGCCAUCUGUCUACAUCCACACUGUGCUGUGAUGGAUGGUGGGUCGCUGCUGCUGCUCAGUGGCAAAGCCAGGCUGGCUGUGUCUAAUCUUUAUGCUAAGCUAAAAACCGACUGUAGCUUCAUAUUUAUCAUAUAGUUAUGAAAGUAGUAUCAGUCUUCUCACCUUAGAAGUAAAAUCCAUUUGCGAUGGCAGGCUCAACAGCAAAGGCUGAUCUGUGAGGUUCAGCUGGAAAAGCAUUUGACACAGUGUUAAAGGACCAUCCUGUGAGAGGCUUUCCUUCUGCUCUCCAGGUUAGCAUGAGCUAACAGCACAAUAUGAUAUCAUUACCACUCACCAUGUUUUGCUGUUUGAGCAGAGGCCCAGCAAUAGUGGUUAACAUCCAACCCCAAGCUGUUAAUCUCAAUGACAGCACAACGACUCAACCGUUGUUAAACCUGCAACUAACUGUUGAGAAAUAUUAGAUGUAUGACACUAACAGUAAGCCUUUUCACUGUGUAUCUGUGACUCUAGGCACAGAACUCCAGUCCUGCAGCAGUAGUGUCAUAAACAGAAAGGGCGGCUAAGUGAAACAAUACACUGCACAAAACUCUACAAUGAAAUGAGAUUUACCCCCUACUAAAUAGACCAGUUUGCACUGAGGUUUGGCUGAAUUUGAGUUAAUUGUUGUGACCACAACAUUGUGAAAACCUGAAGGGACUGAUCAACCAUUGAUGGUGGAGUAAGCAAUUCCAGGGAAAUAUUAUUUGAAUUCAUCACCCAAACAAAUACACCCCCUGCACUGUUUAGCGUCCCUCUCACGCCCACUGUCUUUCUCUUUAUACAACCAUGGCCUUUGCCCUGUCAUGCACACGAGCACUACAAUAGUGUUGUGCGGCUCGGUCCAAGGCACUUAGGUUGUUUUUUUGUUUUGUUUUUUGCAUUUACAGAGCAAGGGCUGUGUGUGGACACCAGGUAUUCUUUUCUUUCUCUGCAGUCAGAGCUCAACAAUGUGAGAUUUUCACUGAAUUUGGAUAAAAAGUGCAUUAGUGACUGCCAUGAAGCUUAAAGUGGCUCUUAAAGCUGUGUUAAACAAAAAUGAUCAUUUUACUGACAUAUAUUCAUUUAAUCUUUGAAAGUUUGUAAAAAUGUCAAGAUAUUGAAUAUUUAAAGUAAAUCUGGCAACACCUUACUUUGAGUCUCCCUAUUUAGCAUUCAUAAGCAGCAUCUAAAUAUUAUAUUAGUUUAUGGGAUCACAUUGUGGUGUAAUGUAGUUGCAUGCAUGACAAUUUUAAGUUUGUUAAUGAACAGCAUUUGUCAGGAACUAUAAUUUCUUUAAUGCAUUUAAUUCAUAUGAAAACUUGCUAUGUUGUCAUUCAUUAUCUGUCUAUACAGCAGCCCUCACUCAUGGGUGCCCUCAGGAGGCGUUGUAUUUGUGACGAAUGCGUUUAUAACAUAAACUCCAUAUUCUAAACCACUUACAAGUCUAAACUGCUUACAAAUGCUGAACAGGGUAAGUGUUGCAGUAAUAGCGCAGUUAGGUGGCUGACUCGUUUCUCUGAAAUUCCCUUGAACACCACAACACCCAUGACAUUUUCAAAGCAGUAUGCUUGGGCAAACUGACAGCCAGACUCUCUGUGUUUAAGUAAAGGGGUUAAAACCUGCUCAAACAACCAUGUGAUCCUUACAAAAUCUCAGCAAUUAGACAACAUUCCAUUGAGUCACUCAAACCCACUUGAGAACUUAAAAACGAUGAUGACAUGUCAUCAGCUACCGAAUGUUUAUGCUUGAGACUGUAAAGUUUAUCGGCAGUGAAACUGGAGUAGCUAUCGUGUUGAUGUCAGCCAGCAUGGAAACCAACUAAGAUUUGUGUUUUCAUCUCACAAAUGCUGUGUCACAGCAUUUAUCCUGCAUAAAUCCUAGCAUUAGUCCUGAACACAGACUGACCUAUUGUUCUAGGAUGUCACACAUGAGUGCCGGCCUCCAGCAGUCAGGUUAGCAGAUCAUGUGCACACGGUCAAGGUCAUUGGUACAGCAUGAGGUUGGUUAAGUCAAAUGGGAAUCAAGUUCACAAGUUAUGUAAGGGACUAAAUAUAAAUUUUGCAAACUGGUUCUUAGAUGACAGCCUCUGAAUGUUUGUCGACUAGGACUAUUUUGUAGAUUGUUUUGCAACUACACAUUAACUGCUAGUUAUCUGCAUUGUUCUGAAAAGUUGUGCUGGUUGCCAGACCUCAACAGAUGACAGCACUCACCA